AUGCCCUGUGAUGGCUGGCGUGACAGUGACGACAAUAGUUCUGAUGGCUGCACCAAGUGUAAGCCCUGUGAUGGCUGGUGUGACAGUGCCGAUACGAGUUCUGAUGGCAGCACCACGUGUAUGCCCUGUGAUGGCUUGUGUGACAGUGACGACACGAGUUCUGAUGACAGCACCACGUGCAUGCCCUGUGAUGGCUGGUGUGACAGUGACGACAAUAGUUCUGAUGACAGCACCACGUGUAUGCCCUGUGAUGGCUGGUGUGACAGUGACGACACUAGUUCUGAUGGCAGCAUCACGUGUAGGCCCUCUAAUGGCUGGCGUGACAGUGACGACACUAGUUGUGAUGACAGCACCACGUGUAUGCCCUGUGAUGGCUGGUGUGACAGUGCCGAUACGAGUUCUGAUGACAGCACCACGUGUAUGCCCUGUGAUGGCUGGUGUGACAGUGACCACACGAGUUCUGAUGACAGCACCACGUGUAUGCCCUGUGAUGGCUGGUGUGACAGUGACGACAAUAGUUCUGAUGACAGCACCACGUGUAUGCCCUGUGAUGGCUGGCGUGACAGUGACGACACUAGUUCUGAUGGCAGCACAACGUGUAUGCCCUGUGAUGGCUGGUGUGACAGUGACGACACUAGUUGUGAUGACAGCACCACGUGUAUGCCCUGUGAUGGCUGGUGUGACUGUGACGACACGAGUUCUGAUGACAGCACCACGUUUAUGCCCUGUGAUGGCUGGUGUGACAGUGACGACACUAGUUCUGAUGACAGCACCACGUGUAUGCCCUGUGAUGGCUGGUGUGACAGUGACGACACUAGUUGUGAUGGCAGCACCACGUGUAUGCCCUGUGAUGGCUGGUGUGACAGUGACGACACUAGUUGUGAUGACAGCACCACGUGUAUGCCCUGUGAUGGCUGGUGUGACAGUGACGACACUAGUUGUGAUGACAGCACUACGUGUAGGCCCUGUGAUGGCUGGUGUGACAGUGACGACACUAGUUGUGAUGACAGCACCACGUUUAUGCCCUGUGAUGGCUGGUGUGACAGUGACGACACUAGUUGUGAUGGCAGCAUCACGUGUAGGCCCUCUAAUGGCUGGUGUGACAGUGACGACACUAGUUGUGAUGACAGCACCACGUGUAUGCACUGUGAUGGCUGGUGUGACAGUGACGACACUAGUUGUGAUGACAGCACAACGUGUAUGCCCUGUGAUGGCUGGUGUGACAGUGACGACACUAGUUGUGAUGACAGCAAAACGUGUAUGCCAUGUGAUGGCUGGUGUGACAGUGACGACAAUAGUUGUGAUGACAGAACCACGUGUAUGCCCUGUGAUGGCUGGUGUGACAGUGACGACAAUAGUUCUGAUGGCAGCACCAAGUGUAUGCCCUGUGAUUGCUGGUGUGACAGUGCUGAUACGAGUUCUGAUGGCAGCACCACGUGUAUGCCCUGUGAUGGCUGGUGUGACAGUGACGACAAUAGUUCUGAUGACAGCACCACGUGUAUGCCCUGUGAUGGCUGGUGUGACAGUGACGACACUAGUUGUGAUGACAGCACCACGUGUAUGCCCUGUGAUGGCUGGUGUGACAGUGACGACACUAGUUCUGAUGACAGCACCACGUGUGUGCCCUGUGAUGGCUGGUGUGAGAGUGACGACACUAGUUGUGAUGACAGCACCACGUGUAUGCCCUGUGAUUGCUGGUGUGACAGUGACGACACUAGUUGUGAUGACAGCACCACGUGUAUGCCCUGUGAUGGCUGGUGUGACAGUGACGACAAUAGUUCUGAUGGCAGCACCACGUGUAUGCCCUGUGAUUGCUGGUGUGACAGUGCCGAUACGAGUUCUGAUUACAGCACCACGUGUAUGCCCUGUGAUGGCUGGUGUGACAGUGACGACACGAGUUCUGAUGACAGCACCACGUGUAUGCCCUGUGAUGGCUGGUGUGACAGUGACGACACUAGUUGUGAUGGCAGCACCACGUGUAUGCCCUGUGAUGGCUGGUGUGACAGUGACGACACUAGUUGUGAUGACAGCACCACGUGUGUGCCCUGUGAUGGCUGGUGUGAGAGUGACGACACUAGUUGUGAUGACAGCACCACGUGUAUGCCCUGUGAUGGCUGGUGUGACAGUGACGACAAUAGUUCUGAUGGCAGCACCGCGUGUAGGCCCUGUGAUGGCUGGUGUGACAGUGACGACAAUAGUUCUGAUGGCAGCACCACGUGUAUGCCCUGUGAUUGCUGGUGUGACAGUGCCGAUACGAGUUCUGAUUACAGCACCACGUGUAUGCCCUGUGAUGGCUGGUGUGACAGUGACGACACUAGUUGUGAUGACAGCACCACGUGUAUGCCCUGUGAUUGCUGGUGUGACAGUGACGACACUAGUUGUGAUGACAGUACAACGUGUAGGCCCUGUGAUUGCUGGUGUGACAGUGCCGAUACGAGUUCUGAUUACAGCACCACGUGUAUGCCCUGUGAUGGCUGGUGUGACAGUGACGACACGAGUUCUGAUGACAGCACCACGUGUAUGCCCUGUGAUGGCUGGUGUGACAGUGACGACACUAGUUCUGAUGACAGCACCAUGUUAUGCCCUGUGAUGGCUGGUGUGACAGUGACGACAAUAGUUCUGAUGACAGCACCACGUCAAUGCGCCAUGACAGUUCUCUUCAUUCAGGUGUACGAAGGCCAUCGCCCGUAUUACAUUGUUAGGACCGCCUCCGUGGUCUAG